AUGGGGUACAAUUUGUCCUAUGGAAAACUGCCAGACAGCCGCCCCAGCCCCGAGAACAGCAGCUGGCCCAACGGCAGCUCGGCGGCGCGGGACGAGUUCACCACCAUCGUGCUGCCCGUGCUCUACCUCCUCAUCUUCCUGGCCAGCCUCCUGCUCAACGGCCUGGCCGUCUGGAUCUUCUUCCACAUCAGGAACAAGACCAGCUUCAUCUUUUACCUCAAGAACAUUGUGGUGGCGGACCUGCUCAUGACGCUGACGUUCCCGUUCAAGAUCAUCCAGGACUCGCGGCUGGGCCCGUGGCACUUCAACUCCUUCCUGUGCCGCUACAGCACGGUGCUGUUCUACGCCAACAUGUACACCACCAUCGUCUUCCUGGGCCUCAUCAGCAUCGACCGCUACCUGAAGGUGGUGAAGCCCUUUGGGGACUCGCGCAUGUACAGCAUCACCUUCACCAAGGUGCUGUCGGCCUGCGUCUGGGUGGUGAUGGCGUUCCUGGCGCUGCCAAACCUCAUCCUCACCAACGGAUACCCCACCAGGCGCAACGUGGACGACUGCCUGAAGCUGAAGUCUCCCCUGGGAGUCAAGUGGCACUCGGCCGUCAUCUACAUCAACACCUGCAUGUUCGUGGUGGUGCUGGUGGUGCUGAUAGGCUGCUACAUUGCCAUCUCCAGGUACAUCUACAAAUCCAGCAAACAGUUCAUCAGCUCCUCCAGCCGCAAGAGGAAGCACAACCAGAGUAUAAGGGUUGUCGUGGCUGUGUUUUUCACCUGCUUUUUGCCCUACCAUUUGUGCCGAAUACCCUUCACUUUCAGUCAUCUGGACAAAAUUUUAGAUGACUCUGCACAUAGAAUCUUGUAUUACUGUAAGGAAAUGACCCUGUUCCUGUCUGCAUGCAACGUCUGUCUGGAUCCCAUCAUUUAUUUUUUCAUGUGCCGAUCAUUCUCUCGAAGGCUGUUCAGGAAAUCCAACAUGAGAACCAGGAGCGAGAGCAUCAGGUCCCUGCAGAGCGUCAGGAGGUCGGAGGUGCGCAUCUACCACGAGUACACCGACGUCUGA